UUUUGGAAAGUGACAGAUGAUCCCAGGAUUACCAGCGCCACAUGUGUGCAGGAGUUGGGUUUCUGGUGGCUUGUCUGGUCAAGGCUUGUGUCUCCUCAGAUGUCCAAGAACUUAGGUUCCUCCACGCAAUAUGCUACCUGCAUCAAAUCCAGGGAGCCUGCCUGCUGACUCUACCCCACCAGCUGUAAGUUACUCUUCUGUCUAUCUCAAAAAGCACAAACAGUCCUGUGUUAUCAUCCUGUUUCACUAAUUGUCCGGUCGACUUAUCUCUGGAAGUCCUUGUGGAUUGUGUUUGCUUUUUUUUUUUGGAUCACUGGGAAGAGAAGAAUUUGGAGGACACUGCACUCCAUACUAAAGGACUUAGAGGGGAAAUCAUUACAAGGUUACUAUGCAAUUGCGACUGCUUUCUUUGUGUUUGAUCAUUGUGAACUUCUUGGAAUACAUUGAGAGCCAACACAUCCCUAGAGGGAGGCGACAUCGAAGAAUGCAUCCAAAUGUGAGCCAAGGUUGCCAAGGGGGAUGUGCCACAUGUUCCGAUUACAAUGGCUGCAUAACAUGUAAACCAAGACUGUUUUUUGCUCUAGUAAGGAAUGGUAUGAAGCAAGUUGGGGUUUGUCUUUCAUCCUGUCCAAAUGGAUACUACGGAAUACGCUCUCCAGGAAUUAAUGAGUGUAAAAGAUGUAAAGCUGACUGUGAAACAUGUUUCCACAAAAGCUUCUGCACGAAAUGUAAAGGUGGUUUUUAUUUGCACAGUGGAAAGUGUCUUGACACAUGUCCAGAUGGGUUUGAAAACAAUAAUCACAGCAUGGAAUGCAGUACUAUUGCACACUGUGCAGUCAGUGAGUGGAGUCCUUGGGGUCCAUGUUCAAAGAAAGGAAAAACAUGUGGUUUUAAGCGGGGCAAUGAAACAAGAACCCGUGAGAUACAGCAGCAUCCUUCAGCACAUGGCACAUCUUGCCCGUCAACAAAUGAAACAAGAAAAUGCAUAGUGCAGCGAAAGAAAUGCUCAGAAAGGGUAAAAGGCAAAGAUGAGAUAAAAAAGAACAAGCAGAGAAGAAAGGAAGGAGAUGUCCAGAGGAAACAAAGGCAGAAAAAACAAGAAAAACCUCUGCGAGGAGAAGGAAAGCAACGAGAAGUCAAAGCCUAGGAAAUGGAAAGUGUAAACGAUACAGCCAUAACCUUCUUGUGCUCUUAUUGGACAUGUAAGGCCACAUGCCUCUAUGACUGACUUCUGAUGCUGUUACAUCCCUGGCUGACUAAACCUCUACAUGGAGUGGAUAAUACUUUCAUAUAACUAAGGCCUUAGCAACAUUCCAAGCCACUCUCUUGAAUUACUGAAAAAGAAAGAGAAUCACAAGAGACAGCUUACAGAAAAGAAUUAUGAAAUGUGCUCCGUGGAUGCUUUAUAUUUUUAUGCUUCUAUGCAUAUGUAAAAGACAAUUAAGACUCUCUUCCUUGUAAUUAUUAAUAGCAACAUCUUAGCCUAUUUUGUAAAGUAUUUUUUCAAGCUGUUUUUUGUUUUUUUGUUGAGAAUUAUAGUCACGUUAUAUAUGGAAAUCUACAGCACGGUUGUUCUGUAACACAUUUCUGUGGUUGAAUCACAUAAAAAAGCAUCUACCAACGGUACACAUUACUGAGGAAAUGAUCAUACCAUAUCCAGCUAAAUAAUGGUUACCUCACUCCAUGCCAGCUGUAGGAAUGGAACAUUUCCAGGAUGUGUUUUGUCUUUGGUUUCUUAACAGUUACAGUAGUGUGAACUGAGUUUCAUUUGGGUUGACGCUGCCUCAUAAGUCAUAAUGAGCAAUAUUUAAGUUUAGUCAGUGCUGGAGGAUAACAUUUAUAUGUUGUAUAGAAACAAAAUGCAGUACUAAUCUCAAAGCAAAGCUGCUCUAUGGUUAGACAUAUUUUAAUUUAUUAGCACUCACAUAUUUGAUUGAUGAAAUUUUCCUAUGUCUGGUGUAGUUUUAGCCUUUGCAAAGAAAAAAACAGUGAUGAAAUUGAUGAGAAUGAUGUUUUAGGAUAUCCCUCUAAACAUUAGAUGGCUAACAAG